ACUUGACGCAGGUUUGUGUUCAGCCCCUCCUUCUGCUGAGCGGCGUGUGUUCCUCGGGGGUGACGGAGACAGCCAGCUGGUCCUACCCUGGUGCAGAGGGAGCGGAGCGGGGACUACACACCGCCUCAGCCCGCAUCCACGGACACGGGCCGGGGAUGGCGUCACUCGGCGUGGGGCUGCAUCUCAUCCGCAAGCGGGGAGCAGGCAGGAGCGCCGCGGUGGAGAGGAGGAACCUGCUCACGGUGUGCAGAGGCGUUUGUGUGAGGUUAGCUUGAGGAGCACUACAACCCCGGACUCCAUCUGUAUUUACAAAUAUGUCAACAUAUCAGCUGGCUGACCUCGGGUUUUCAGUGAAGACUCUGCUGGACCGCUCCUGUUUCGAGACAAUAGACGACACAUCUCCAGAGUUCGUUAACUUUGUUUCCAUCCUGGAGCACAUCCUCAGUUAUCGACUCAAAGGUAAAAAACGUCAGACAACUUGGUUUGGCUAUGAGAGUCCUCGGAGUUUCUGGGAUUACAUAAAAGCCGCCUGCUGUAAAGUCCCUCAUAAUUGCAUCCGAAGCAUCGAGAGUAUGGAGAAUGUGCGAUCAUCGAGAGCUAAAGGCCGGGCGUGGAUCAGAGUGGUCCUGAUGGAGAAAAGAUUGUCAGAAUACGUCUCAUCUGCUCUGAGGGACUUCAAAACCACCAGGAGGUCUUACGAGGACGGAGCCAUCAUGCUGGGAGAGGAGGCGGGGCUGUUGGCAGACACGCUCAUCGGUCUCAACACCAUUGACUUGAGCUUCUGUUUGAAAGGAGAGGGUCUGGACGGCAGCUGCCCCGCCGUGAUCGACUACACGCCUUACCUGAAGUUCACUCAGAAUGCAGACAGCAUCAGCAGCGACGAGGAGGAGAUGAGGACUCUGGGGAGCAGCGGCAGUGAGAGCAGCACCCCCGACAAAACGGCCACGGCCGCCUCCAUCUUCACCGAGCAGAGCAACUUGGUCAGCAAGUGCAAACGCUUUGAGCAGAAGUACCGAACGUCGCUCGAGCAGAAGGGUUACCUGGAAGAGCUGGUCCGUCUACGCGAAGCCCAGCUGUCAAAGGCCGUGUCUCAUAACAAAGCUCUUCAGCAGAGCCUAGCAGACACUCACCUCUCCCACACACUGGAGAAAGAACAGCUUAAGUACAUCGUACAUGAACUACAGAACCAACUGACGGUGCUCAAGAACAAUGAUUUGCGGUCCAGACAAGAGUUGACAGCCCAUCUGACCAAUCAGUGGCCAUCUCCCGUCGCCUUGGAUGCCAACGCCGUUGCCUUGGACACGCUGCUGUACAGGCAGAGCACGGGACAGUGGGAGGAGAAGAGUUUCCAGAGUCUGGAGCAGCUGUCUGCAGACAUGAGUCUCUCCCAGAUGUCUCUUGAACCGUCACACACACCGAGUCUGGAGGCCAGGCCGACCGGCACACACUGGUCCCACCAAGGUAAAGAGGAAACUCCGUCUCUAAGAGGUCUGUGCGGCUCCCUGACCUCAGUCGCAAGUUACAGGUCUCUGGCCAGCCUGAAGUCCAGCGAGUGUUUGGCCAGUCCUGCGACAGAGAUCAGCAGCCCAGGCUUCACUCCUUCAUAAUAAACGGAGAGCUUAAAAAAAAACCCAGAUCUCCACAUAAUCCAGGACCUUUCUUAAUGUAGGUGAUAUAGAUUUGUAGACAUUUAUGUUCUGUAUGUGGAGCCCAGAGCUUUAACAGAUGGAAGUCAGGUUUGCAAGUUGAGAAGCUGGUGUAGCAUGUUCUCUGAAUUCUGAAGUCGAGAGAAGCUCCGUCAGACCGAAAACAGGAAUGUACCAUUCAGUGGAAACAACCUGACUCUGUAAAGAGGAUCUCCUGCUGUUACUUCAUAAAUAUGUGUUUAAAUUAUUUUGUUUUGUUGGGCUUUUAUCAGUGGAACAUCAUUUAUUUCCCUUUUUGAAAGGAAUUAAAAUAGCCAUUGAUGUAAGAAUUGAAAGGUUGCAUGCUGAAAACAGAAAACACUGAACGCCUCAGUCAGUGUUAAGUUUUGUCACUACGAAUAUUUUGCUGCAGUUAAACGUUUUUUAAAAUGAUGUUCUGUGCUGUUACUGCUGUCACUGAAUUUAUAUAAUUGUUUUUUACAAUCUCUUUGAUUUAUGACGAAUGCUUUGCCAGAUUAAGUCAUCAAAGAUUUGCCGUCUCACAUUUUGUGUAAAGUGUAAAUGUUUUUAUUUAUUUAAUCUGUUAUUUUGUUAAUGUUGUGCAUAAUGCAGUGUCACAGGGUUUGUUCUCAGGUAAUGAUCCCUACGAUUAAUACACACCCGUCACUUCUGGGUUCACUUUAAAGUCCAGCUUUAUCAGA